AUGAACCCGAAGGUCAUAGUUGAGCUGGAGCCGUCCACCGCACCAGCCGCUGAUCACACUGAUGUGCCCUUUCUGACUGAUGAUGUCCUCAUUCGACAUGAGUCUCGCAAGGAGAUUCGGAGAGGGGGUGUUCUGUCGAGAAUAUGGGAGAUAAUCAACUGGAUGCCGCCCUGGUGCCGUUGGGAUGCAGCAAACCCGCCACAGUUCAGUCUCGGUCUCAACAUUCUGUUCGGGUUUGCUGGAGCCAUCACGGUCGCUAAUCUAUAUUAUAACCACUCAAUUCUGAACAUUCUCGCACAUGAUUUCGAUGUACCAUACUACACUGUCAGUCGAGUGCCGACCCUGGCUCAAGCCGGCUACGCCGUCGGCCUGGGUCUAGUCUGUCCGCUGGGGGAUUUAUUCCCGCGUCGACCUUACACGCUUUGCCUGGUAUUCUUUACAGCAACGCUAUGGAUCGGCCUGUGCGUCACCCGCGAUUUCAAUGCCUUUCUCGGCAUAACUUUCAUUACCUCGCUGACGACCGUCACGCCACAAAUCAUGCUCCCUUUGGUAGGCGAGAUGGCCCCACCCAACAAACGAGCUUUUUCGCUUUCGAUUGUGGUCUCUGGAAAUAUGCUGGGCAUUGUGCUGGCGAGAGUGCUGUCCGGCAUAGUGACACAAUAUACGUCCUGGAGGAACGUGUAUCUCCUCGCUCUUGGUUUGCAGUACCUCAUCUUUGCGGCACUGUGGCUCUGGAUGCCCGACUACCCAUCCUCGAAUCCGUCUGGAAUGAAUUACUUCAAAAUGCUCUGGACGAUCGUCACUCUAUGCAAGAAGCAUGCAGUCUUGGUCUAUGCAGGCGCAGUCUCUUACUGCAUAUCGGGGGCCUUUAUGAACUACUGGACCACUAUGACCUUCCUGUUGUCGUCACCGCCGUACGAGUAUACUUCUACGGUCAUUGGUCUCUUCUCCUUGAUUGGACUACUCGGCAUGGUCCUUGGACCGUUCUAUGCUAAAUACAUCAUUGCGCCCAUCACGCCCUGGUCUGCAGUCCUCAUCGGUGCUGCCAUAAACAUGACGGGCGUAGUGAUUGGGACAUAUGCUGGUGAAACUACAGUCGCAGGUCCAAUCAUAGAGGCUUUCGGUCUGGAUGUUGGGAUGCAAUUCACACAAAUUGCCAACAGAGUCGCCAUCUACUCAGUCGAGCCGACUGGCCGCAACAGAGUGAACACGGCUUUUAUGCUGAUGUCAUUUGCCGGACAACUGUCUGGCACGGCUGCUGGAAACAAGAUCUACGAACAGGCUGGUUGGCGAGGAAAUGGCAGUUUCGGUGUGGGCCUGAUAGGAUUCAUAUUUGUGCUCUCCUUUAUGAGAGGUCCAUGGGAGCCGGGAUGGAUCGGUUGGAGUGGUGGCUUCAGCAUCAAGAGGAGAAAUGGUAUGGGCAAUGCUGAAGAUGUCAGGGCUGCAAGGGAGAAACAAGAGGCAGAGGAUUCGGUACAGGUAAGUGACGAACAAGAAGAGCUUCAGAUCGUGCAGGCCGACCCAGAGAAGGGUGCCACCGCGGAAAAGAGUGCUACUGCGAGGUAG